AUGGACACACAGAUCAUUCAAGCCAUUGCCGACACCAAAGCUGGUAUUGUUGACCUCAAACAAAGUAUUAUCGAGGCCAAAGCACGUCAAGACGAGGCAGCUAAAGAGGUUAAACGCAUCGAAAAGGAUAUGCAUGACUUCAACAAUAACAAGGACAGCAAGCUUGUUGAGCUACAAACAGCGCUUGACAAGCUCAAGAAGUCGCUGAGCAAGAACUCUGCUUCUAUCAGGCCGUUGCAGCAAGAAGUGAGAGACGCCAUGCUCGAGGCGGAGCAAUGUGGCAGUGACCUUGCAGCCGCUCAAGAGCAGUUCCAGGAUGCAGAAGUUAACCUCAAGACGCAACAAGAGGAGCUGAAGUCAUUGAUGACGGAGGGUCAAGCUGUCAAGAACGCACACGACUACGCUCAAGCACAAUUAGAUGAUGAGCGCAAGAAGCUUUCUGGCUACGAUACCGAGCUUGCGGACCUCGAAGCAGCCUCACGAUCCAAAUCCGCACAAAUCACGGAGGAAGCGCUUGAGGCACAGAAGCUUGGUCACCAGAUUGAUAACUUCUCAAAGCAACAGCAAGCGGCUCGCCAAACGCUACAGACCAUGGANAAAGAACACGAGUGGAUCGCCGACGAAGUCGAGUCUUUCGGUCGACCCAAUACUCCGUACGACUUCAACGGUAUGAACAUGGCCGAGAGCAAACGCUCGCUUGCUGGUCUAAGUGAACGCUUUCAAGGCAUGAAGAAGAAGAUCAACCCCAAGGUCAUGAACAUGAUCGACAGCGUUGAGAAGAAGGAAGCAUCUCUGAAGAACAUGAUGCGCACAGUCAUCCGUGACAAGAAGAAGAUUGAAGAAACCAUUGCUCAACUGGACGAGUACAAGAAAGAAGCCCUGCACAAGACAUGGAGCAAAGUCAACGUCGAUUUCGGCAACAUCUUCAACGAACUGCUACCAGGCGGCAACACAGCAAAACUCGACCCACCAGAGGACAGCGGCGACAUCUCCAAAGGUUUGGAAGUCAAAGUCUGCCUGGGCAAAGUGUGGAAACAAUCCCUUACCGAGCUUUCCGGUGGCCAGCGUUCGCUCAUUGCUCUGUCGCUCAUCCUUGCUCUCCUGCAGUACUCACCUGCACCCAUGUAUAUUCUUGACGAAGUCGAUGCUGCGUUGGAUCUUUCGCACACACAAAAUAUUGGUCGCUUGAUCAAGACGAGGUUCAAGGGCAGUCAGUUCAUUGUUGUCAGUUUGAAGGACGGCAUGUUCCAGAAUGCCAACAAGAUCUUCAAGACAAGAUUUUCGGAUGGUACGUCGGUGGUUCAGGUGCUCACGCCAGGGGGAUCUGAAGUAAGAGAAGGUUGCCUUCCUUACCCCCCUCGCAGCCUAAAGGUGUUCUUCUCGUAUUGUCAAUUGGGUCUCAUGUCUUUGGAUGUUUAUCUCCCUUUCCAUUUGGAUUAUGGGUUUGGUUGUUCUUGCUGGGUGUUGAAAGGGCUGGGAGUUUGCUUUUCGGGUUUGAAGAGUUCAUGA